CAAUCCAACCCAUUCACCAAAUCCCACAUCACCAAUGCACACCCAUGAAUAUUGAAUACCUAGGUACCUACCUGCUCCCGAUCACGUUGAGACAACGGGCAGUUCCUGGCAAGAUAUCAACACAUAUUGGCCAUGUUCUGGCCACUUGAUUACGAGGAGACAAUCCCUUGAUCAUAGCUUGGAUUGGAGGCCCAUGUUUCCAAGGACCAGAGAAGGAGUCGGGAUGCAGCCAUAGAGCUGUAGGCUCCCACCACCUUACUACCCUUACUACUAUCCGAGAGAACCCAGCAAGGAAGGUCAUCAAAAAGAUGGCGGAUUUCGAGCUUGGUUCAAACUUCAUUCCUACCCUUCAUAAACCCUCGGCUCUGCUUCCCAUAGCAAAGCAUCACGACAGCCUCCUCUAUCUCAUAGAGAAAAACCCCGUCACCAUAGUUGUCGGCCAGACAGGUUCCGGCAAGACCACCCAGAUACCGCAAUUUCUUGAGCAUGCUGGCUGGUGCUCUGAUGGCAAAAUCAUCGGUGUCACUCAACCCCGGCGUGUAGCAGCCACAACAGUUGCUGUCAGAGUUGCCGAGGAGUAUGGGUGUGAAUUAGGAAAGGAAGUCGGUUACUCGAUCAGAUUUGAAGAUGUGACGUCUGCUGCGACCCGAAUCAAAUUCCUGACAGAUGGAUUGCUCAUUCGAGAGGCUCUUGUCGACCCUCUCCUCUCACGCUACGCAGUGAUUAUGGUCGACGAAGCCCACGAGAGAUCUAUCAGUACGGAUAUACUCCUUGGCCUGCUGAAGAAGAUACGAAAGCGAAGGCCGGAACUACGCAUAAUUAUUAGUAGUGCCACUCUCCAGGCAGAGGACUAUUUGCGCUUCUUUUCCCAGCAACCAGAAAACAGGGAAUCCCGAGAGGGUGUGACUGGUAGUAUCGGCUCGAUAAUUAGCCUCGAAGGCCGGAUGUACCCUGUCGAUGUGCUCUACCUCGAGGCGCCGACGGAAGACUACGUUGAAAAGGCAAUAUCCACCGUUUUCGACAUUCAUACCCACGAAGCGGAGGGUGAUGUUCUCGUGUUUUUAACAGGGCGCGAAGAGAUUGAUAAAGCCGUCCAAGUUGUUGCUGAACGAUCUGCUCAACUCCCCCCGGCAUCUCAGGCUAUCCUGGCCUUACCGCUCUACGCGGGACUGUCGACGGAGCAGCAGAUGUUCGUAUUCGACAACCCGCCUGAGAAUACUAGGAAAGUAAUCUUCUCGACCAAUAUCGCAGAGGCGUCGGUGACCAUUGACGGCAUUGUGUAUGUGGUCGAUUCGGGAUUCGUGAAGCUGAGGGCUUUUGACCCCCAAACAGGCAUCGAAGCUCUAACGGCAACUCCCGUCUCCAAAGCGGCAGCGUCGCAGCGUGCAGGGAGAGCCGGCCGUACGAAACCCGGCAAGUGCUUUCGUCUUUACACCGAAAGAAAUUUCCAAACAUUGCCCGAUGCCAAUAUCCCAGAGAUCCAAAGAUCCAACCUCGCGCCGUUUGUCCUACAACUCAAAGCGCUGGGGAUCGAUAACGUCGUACGGUUCGACUACUUGACACCACCGCCUGCGGAGUUGAUGAUCAAAGCAACAGAACUACUAUUCUCCCUGGGUGCGCUAGACGAGUAUGCCAAGCUUACGAAACCGCUGGGCACGCGGAUGGCAGAGCUCGCAGUUGAACCAAUGAUGGCCAAAACGUUACUGACGGCUUCUUCGUUUGGGUGCCUCAGCGAGGUACUGACGAUAGCGGCGAUGACGAGCCUUGGAGGUUCCAUAUGGGUUCAAAGAGAGGGAGAAAAGAAGCAGGUGGAGUCCGCACGACGGAAGUUCGCUGCGGAAGAGGGAGAUCAUUUGACUCUUUUAAAUGUCUACCAGACAUUUGUGACGAAAGGCAAAAAGGAAUCGAGGUUCUGCCACGAGAACCACCUUAAUUUCAAAGCGAUGACCCGCGCCAUUAGCAUCAGAGCACAAUUGAAACGCUACCUGGAGCGAUUUGGGAUAUCGGUAGACGAGAGCCUUAGGACGUCAGUUGGCAACAGAGGCGAGCAGAUUCGAAGAUGCCUCACGACUGGUUACUUUGCUCACGCAGCGAGGAUGCAGCCCGACGGAAGCUUUCGCAACGUCGAGGGCGGGAUGACGCUCUACGCGCAUCCGAGUUCGCUCAUGUUCAACCGCAAGGCCGACUGGGUGGUUUUCCACGAGGUGAUGGAAACGGGCGGCAAGAUUUUUAUUCGCGAUAUCACCAAGAUCGAGAAGGGGUGGCUCGUGGAGUAUGCUUCUGGAUACUACCAGCUAAAGCAGUGAAGAAGAGCAGCAAUGACAACAACGACGCCCACGGCUAACCUGCCCACCGUAUACGCAACAACACGUACUCAUAUUGAUGCCGAAACCUGUGACGGUAGUACCUAGGUCUAUGUAUG